CUCAUGAGCAAACAAACCCCUCAGAUCUUUGGCUCUGAUUCUAUUCUAAGCAGACGUCCGUGUAUUUCCGCUUGUCUUCGACGGUUCAGGGCGAGAGUAGCAUCGACGGAAAUUUAGGAACGCUGUAACUUCGUGUUUCGCCGUUAUAUUCGACGGCACGGUACAAAAUUGUGGAUUUCGUUGACAAAACAAAUAAAUUCACACGUGACUAUGCACGUCUAGGAUGAUUGUUCACAUUUCACGUUUUUUCCAUUGAGAUUAUUCUUCCUAAUCCUGCGUUUUCUGAGAACAUGACAACAAAAUUCUACACUUGGCAUGGUGCAUUAUUUAAUUUGGCUGCUUCGAGGAGUUGACGUGCUGUAACCUUGUAGUAAAGGCGAAUAGAAUGAAAUUGAUACGUUUCGGCAGAAGGUCCAGCUCUUGCCAAAUUAUUUCAGGCACGUAGUAGUAUAAUUUACUUAUAUAUGUUUCUUCGUGCUUUGCAUUGUCGUUUUUCAAACCACAAACUCGUAGUUUUUUUGUCUGCAUAGGAGAUACUGCGUUAUUUCACUGUAUAUCAGAAUAUUACAAAGUUGAUAUCAUUAACUUAAUUGUAAGGAGUUCCAUUCAAUUAUUAUGCAGUCUGGUCCCUGAAUGGCUCACAUAUCAAAGUUUGCGGCAAUAAAACGGGUAAAUAAUUAAAAUGGGAGAUAUGACAGUAGCUCACAAAUUAUUCUUGACUACGCCCAACUCUCAGCCAUAAACCCUAAAGACACUUAAAGCCAAGGAAUUUUAAAAUUAUACUGGCGUGCGAGCCACUCAACUUCGCUCAACUCAACACUAAAAUAUUACUAUACAACGUCUUGUUAAACAACAUUUCAGGAAACUGUGAAACUACGUGAAUUCAAAGUGAUCGUAAGAAGAAACUUUCUUUUUGAAGAGUUAUAAAGAAUUAAAAUUAUAAUCAUCGAAAUACAGAACAGAAGAAAAGAAAUGGAAGCUACUGAGUGGAAUAUUACUGGGGAAAGUUACACAAAUGAUCGAAAUGAAUGCCUGAAAGAAAUAACGAAGAUGUUCGAGAAUUAAAGAGAAGGAAAGCAAAGAAGUUGAAACCUUUCAGGAAGCUUCUCAUUGAUUCCUGUAAAAGUAAAUCUCGAACCAAUCAGAACAACUAUGUAAAUGAAUUUCUAAAGAUUUAAUACAAAUGUCACUGUAAAUUUCACGUCUAAUGAAAUAUUGACAAUUUCUUUAUAAGAAAACAGAUUCAGUAAAUAUUAAGAACAUUCGGAAAACCGACAAGUACAUAAUUAGAUAUUAGUUUUAUCAAAACUUUUCUGUGCCAUCUGAAAACGUCAGCUCUGAAUAUGUAACGAAUGCAAUAUGGUAGCGCAGUAAGCAAAGUGAUUAAGUCGGACCACAAAGGAAAAGUAGACCGUUACGUCUGCCAAAUAGGAACUCCAGGUAUUCAAAGGAUUGAACAAAAUGGCGAGUCGAAUGAAAGCGUUAUACAAUCAGGUAAUCUUCGAGAGGCGAAUUCUUCUUGGUUGUACUGUUCUCGUUGGCCUGUCAGUGUGCAUAUGGUCGAUUGCCAUUGGAACCGAUCACUGGUUCACAGUCGAAGCACCGGAUGAAGGAGGUUUACCCCUUGGGGAUCCAAGCAAAGGUAGACGAUUAAUCUACAAGCAUAUGGGUCUCUGGAGAGGCUGUGUGGAAGGGACCAAGCCACAGUCAGAAAACUCCACCGAAAUGAUCCCCUACAAGGAGUGCAAGAAUCAGGACAUGUUCCCAACCGAGAAGCAGUUCAAAUUGAACCCGGGAUUAAACACCGUAGUCAAUUAUUCGAGGACACAGGCAUCGUUCGCGAUAAUCAGCCUGUUCGUGAUGAUAAUGGGCUUUUCUUUCUCGAUCUACACGUUUCGUAAUCCACGAUAUAUGUUCAAACGAUUGGCUGGUGGAAUACAUUUCAUUAGUGCCGCUUGUAACAUGGUGGUGAUACAAGUGCUUCUGUCCUCGAUCGAGUUCGAAAGCAAACAUGUACACACAACAUUUCCAAAGGGUGCAACCAUGAGGUACGACUUUUCUCUGAUUCUGGCCUGGAUAGUAUUUCUCUGCAACCUGUUCGCGGGUUGUGCCUUUAUGGUGUUCUCUAGGAAGCGGAAGAGGGACAAGGCACCGACGGAAGAAAUUGCGAUGGCUGACGAACCGACCAUAAUCGGUCGUUGAUUCGUCUUCGAUUAUUUCCUAAUAAUUGAUAAAUUCGACGUACAUUGUUGGAGACUGUCGCCUGUGCGAGAGGAAAUUUGUGAUUCAUGGAGUGAAUUCGAUGAAAGUAAAAGACGCGAACGUACUACAUAUCGUACGUAACGAAAUCAUGUGGAGACAAUCGUUUAAAGAUUGCUUGAAACGAUAAGCGAACGAUAGCAAGCUUGUAGUUGUAAGUGUCUUAAGAAAAUGUUUUAAGAAAAUGGAUAAAGUGCUGGAUGCAUUUUGUGACGAAAAGAAGAAGAAAUUGGAUAUCGGUGCAUUUGUAGAGUAAUUUUAAUUCUGAUUAUCUUCAUGGUUAAAUAACUAACUUUCGCAUACAUUUCUCUAUCCAAUUCGUCAACAUUGUUAACGUUAUUGUUAAAAGACAGAACGUAAAUGUACUUCGAUAUUCAAUUUUCCAUCUCCCCCAGGUGGUUGGAUUAAUCGAUGCUAUUGUAUCGAUACUCUAAGAGAAAAAUGUAUUGAACAUUUCGUAAACAAGAUAGAAAUAAUUUAUUGACAACAGAUACUAUUUUUCUAUCAUAUCGGAAUAUGGAAGUUCAGAAUACUGGGACCAUUUAACAGAAAUUGAAAUAUCCCUCGUCGAAUAUCUGCCAAAACGAGCGUAAUAAAUUUGACGUAAAUAACAAUUCUAAAAGCAACUUGUCUGCAAGGCGUUGAUAUUAAAACUCGGCCCGAAGCAAAGCUUUCAAUGGACGAUUACACGCGUAUUUGAAUAAAUGGUAACUGAGUACGAAAAUAAGAUAUUAUAUACAACAAUCAGAUUCUGAGAUAACCACCAAACUAUUUAUUUUUUUACACGAAAGUGUAUAUUUUUCUACCUUCUUCAACAAUAUACUCGAGAACUUUAAAGACUAGAGAUAUAGUAAACGAGAAAAUAUUUUGGAUCUUCUCGACGUAAUUUGCUAUAUGUAUAUGUAACAAUGUUAAAAAGACAAUAUUUCUGUAUAAAUAGAUAUUCGAUAUUCUAGGUGAAACUCGGUGUCGAAAUUAUGCCCAAAGAAGAAGAUAGAUAUUUAGAAAUAGGAAUGCCGAAACAAUUAGUAGUUACCCUUAUUUUCUGUGCAAUCUACCAAGUCUAGAAACUAUUUUGGAAUAACCUUAUACCAUAAGUGAAAGCUGUCGUAUUAAUUAAACUCAGAGAACAACGUUCAAUUAUGAAACUUCACGAACCAGCAAUUUUGGGGGAGUUAGGAAUGGAAUUAUUUCGAGAUACACGAGAAUAUUACAAGUUCUUGGAUAGAAUGGAGUUAUUGUUAGUUACGCGAAUUAAAACAAGUUUAAUUAGCAAUUGACUAAUUGCUAAUAAGUGCGAUAUAUUCGUAUGUAAUAUACGUAUAAUUUUGAAAAUCUCGAUGUUUAACAGAAGGAAGAGUGUCGCUUACUUUUGCCAAGGUCCAUAAUUUCAUUACGCGUCUAAAAAAUAAUUUAUGUACUUAAAAAGCUUACGCUUAAGUUAUUUAAUUAUUAUUACAUAACAUUAGUUAUUUAAUUAAGGAAUAAUAAUUAAAUUAUUGUUUAUCAAAAGCAAGCAAUUAAGAUGCGUAAAAGACUUAAGGAUCUGAGCAAAGUUACGAUGAUUAUUAGGUAAAUUUACGAUUCUAGUCAUCAAAGAUGCUACACCAAUUGUACAAUGACUAAGCGAAUGAAAUAUUUGCACAAAAGUAUGCUUAAUAUCAAGAUAUUCCGCUACUUCAAAUGAUUAUUUAUUAAGUACCACGAUGUUAGUCGAUAGAGAUUUAAUAUUCAAUCGUACAACUUUUACAUUAUUAUUUAUCUUAACACUCGUUAAGGGCACGUUAAUCAAAGUUCAAAGACAUGAUUCUUCAUGUAAAAGAUUAUAGAAGAUUAACUCUAUGUAAAUAAUAUCAAUCUUUAUCUCUCGAUAAAUUGAGAAUGGUGCAAGGGAAAUAUUAUCGAACUGUAAAUUGUUUCUCUACUUACUUACUCGUACAAAGUGUUCGUGUUUCAAGCAUACAUUUUUUCGAAACGAGAUAUCUGCUUUUUGCACUAUUCUCAUUUUCAAGCGUUCGAUUACAGGAAGUUUCAGCAACUUUCUGGGAUCCUGAGAAUCGCGAUUUCUACGACGAUGAUUCCUCAUCAUCUUAUUCAUGGCAUAAAUCCAUACGCACAUUUGAGAACUCGCGAGUAAGUAUUACUUGAACGAGUCUUUUUACGUCUGCAUAAAAGAUGAAUUUGCGCCAUCGAUAUCACUUAUAUUGUUAUCUAAGAUGUAUCGCUCUUUGUGGUUGUUUGAAUUUUAAGAAUUUUAUUGUCCUCCGUACAAAAGAUUAUGUAAAUCAAAGUUCGCUAAUUAAAAUUCUGGUUCUGAUUUCACAACAAAUAUACUAAUUGUUCAUCGUAACAAUUAAAAAAGAACGUACAAAUACAUAUAUAUAUAUACACAUAGUGCCAGUAUAACUCGAGAAAUUAAAUACGAAUUAACGGAAAUUAAUGUAAAAUAACGAGAACGUGAUUUCACAAUUUGUUUUAAUUUACAAAACUAACGCAGUCUCGUUAUCGUUUAAAGUUCUUGUACUAUUUGAAGAACAGAUCGAUUAUUUUAUAUAGAUUAGCGAACAUUGAUUUCAGAAUGAACUGCACAAAAGUGUCUGAUUGAAAGUUCCUUCGCCUUUUGCUUGUUGAGUAUAAGCAGCUGCCCACGCGUUCUGAUAAAAGACAUUUACUUUAUACACGUGUACAAGACCAUGAAAAUAAAUGUAAUUGCUCUUUUCCACGAUCGAAAUAAAGGGUAUUCACAAGUACGGUAAAA